AUGGCUGACGAUAGAGGUGGAGACGAAGACAACAUUAACGACAACAUGGGCAACCAGCUACUGCUUUUUCCAGGCAACGGGGAGGAGGAAGAGGAGGAAGAUGACAUGGAGACUGAAGACCGUGACAACGAGGAGGCAACCAAGCCUAGCAUGAUCACUUUCGAUCCCAGUCUACCCACUUCUCACGCUUACCUGGGCUCAGAUAUGGAGGAGUUUCACGGCCGCACCGUCCACGACGAUGACAGCUGUCAGACAAUCCCCGUGUUGCCCCACACCGCUGUGAUGCUCGUGCCUGGACAGACCCUUCCCCUGCAGCUCUUUAGACCGCAGGAGGUCAGCAUGAUGAGGAGUGUCAUUCAGAGGGAUCGAACCUUUGCUGUUCUCGCCCACAGUGAUGCAGGUGAGCCAGAGGCAGAGUUCGGAACUACAGCAGAAAUCUACGCAUACCGGGAAGAGCAAGAGUACGGCAUCGAGACGGUCAAAGUAAAAGCUGUGGGGAGACAGAGAUUUAAAGUUCACGAGAUAAGAACUCAAGCAGAUGGGAUUCGACAGGCCAAAGUGCAGAUCCUUCCGGAAAGAGUCCUUCCAGAUCCUUUAUCUGCUGUUCAGCUGACACCCCUCUCUAGGCUUAUUGUGCACCCUUCCACAAAUCCCCCAACUCGGGCUGAAUGCUGCUUGAGUAACUACAAACAGAGGAAAUUCCACUGUGCCAGUCUAACGCCGUGGCCACCAUGGGUGUACGCCCUCUACGACUCUGAGUCGCUCAUGAACCGAGUGAAGAAGCAACUCCAUGAGUGGGAUGAGAAUUUGAAGGAUGACUCCCUCCCUACGAAUGCCAUAGACUUCUCCUACCGAGUGGCGGCUUGUCUGCCCAUAGACGACUCGCUCAGGCUCCAGCUGCUGAAGAUUGGCAGUGCUAUUCAGAGGCUUCGCUGUGAGGUGGACAUUAUGGAUCGGUGCACAUCACUGUGCUGUAAGCAGUGCCAAGACACGGAAAUCACUACCAAGAAAGAGAUUUUCAGCUUGUCCCUGUAUGGCCCCAUGGCUGCCUAUGUCAAUCCACACGGUUACGUCCAUGAGACUCUGACUGUCUACAAGGCUCAAAACCUCAACCUGGUCGGCAGGCCAUCCACACUCCAUAGCUGGUUUCCAGGGUACGCUUGGACAAUAGCCCAAUGCCGAAGCUGCGGCUCCCACAUGGGUUGGAAGUUCACGGCGACCAAGAAGGACUUGUCUCCGCCUCGUUUCUGGGGUCUGACGCGCUCAGCCAUGCUCCCCCGUAUCCCCACUAGCGAGGGCGACGACGAGCACGACGGCUCUCGUCUCUUCUGCCUGUGA